AUGGCUAUGGAUGCCAAGGAGAUCGAGUUGCGGGGAAAGGCGAUCGGCAAGGCUAUACAGGAGAAUGAGCCCAGCGCAUCGGUGAUCAAACUGCUGAACGACCUAAAGACCGGCGUCCACGCGACCGAGGACAUUCUGCGAUCAACGAGGAUUGGUGUCACUAUCAACCGUCUGCGCACACACAAAGACCCCGCCGUGCAGAAGCUUGCAACCGAAUUGGUAUCGAAAUGGAGGGACGAGGUCAAGAAGCAACCCAAGAAAGGUACACCAGCGAAGGUUGCUUCAGCAACAAACGGAAGCGCCUCGCCUGCGCCUGCUUCUUCGGCUGCUGCUUCGCCUGCGCCCAGUCAAAACAAGCAAAAGCAUACUGUAGAUCCUGCGAAGCGCAACCACAAGACGGACAAAGUCAACUAUGAGGUCACUGGAGAGGAGGCGCGAGACAUGUCUGUGCGCCUCAUGUACGACGGUUUGGCGCAUAUGAGCACCGAGUUACCCGACCUGAUCAUCUCCAUCGCAAAGCAAGUAGAGGCCGCCGCAUACGCAAACGCCGGCAGAGUCAACGAAGCCUACAAGACAAAGAUGCGCUCGCUCUUCCAAAAUCUGAAAGCCAAGUCCAACCCCGGGUUGCGAAAGCGUGUGCUGUCCGGGGACGUACCACCCAAGAAGUUUGUGGUCAUGACGCAUGACGAGAUGAAGUCUGAUGAGCGCCGCGCAGAAGACGAAAAGCUGGAGAAGGAGAACAUGAACCAGGCCAUGGUCGCGCAGGUCGAGAAGAGUAUCUCUAAGGAGUUCCAGUGUGGAAAGUGCAAGCAGAAGAUGGUCUCAUACAGUCAGGCGCAGACGAGGAGUGCUGACGAACCGAUGACGACCUUCUGCGAAUGCAUGAACUGCGGCAAUAGGUGGAAGUUCUCGUAG